AUGGUAGUCGAACACAUGCGAGCAAAAAUUAGAAACGCAGAAAAAAACCAAGUUUCACAGCAGUCAAAGGCCUGCAAGCAACAUCAGAGACGUAUGCAAACGCCUACGAAUAGCAACCAGAAACAAAGGGAGACAAAACCCAGAUACACGCAACAGUCAAAUGCCUUCCAGUUACGCAACAAUCGCAUGCUUGCAAACAACAAUUCAGAGAAACAGGCAAAAAAAGCAAGUCUCACAGCAGCCAAAGACCUGCAAGCAGCACCAGAAAUACAUGCAAACAAAGUCCAGAUACGUGGCAGUCAAAUGCUGGAAAUAAACAAUCAGAAACACAGACGGCCAAAGUCCAGAUACAUGGAUGACGAUUGCCUGAAAAUAACAUCCAGAAACACAGACAGCCAAAGUCUAGACAACGAAACAAAAGGGACCAAGAACACAACUCCACGUCUACCUUCCCUCUACUAUCCAAAGACUUUGGACUCGGAACCAAACAAGCAAGCGGACCAUGGCGUCAAACUUGAAAAAGAAUGA